AUGUAUAAUGCCAAGACAAUAACAGAAAUUGCAUCACAAAGCGAUUUCAAACGAUGGUCAGCAAAACAAGUAAAAGAAUGGGCUACAAAAGAAGUUCAAGUAAGAGAAGAAUAUGCCCAGAUGCUUCUUGAUAAUGAUGUAGAUGGAGAAAGUAUCGCAGUGUUUACAGAGGCUGAUUUUAGUAAAUGUGGCAUAGUCGUAGCACCUGCAAAGAAGCUCUAUCUGGCUGUUCAACAACUUUUAAUUAAACAACAACAGCAGCAACAACAAUCGCUAUCGCAUCAACACAGCAGCAGUAGAGACAAUCCCAACCCUAUACAGGACAAAUCAAAGACUUGGGAACAGUGGAAUAUUGAAGAAGUGUAUGGAUGGGCAAAAAAUCAAUCCGAUGGGGAGGACUAUGCUCAAGCAUUGAAAGAUCAAUCCAUCAAAGGGCAGUUUUUGAAAAAUCUUACCUUUGCAAGAUUAACUCAGUCAGACGGUCCCUAUAAAUUCAAAGAUGGUUCUGCCUAUUCUCUUCUUGAAUCAAUCGAAAAGCUCACGAAAAGUACUCCAGCCGAUGCUCCUCAAGUCAUUUUGUUUUGCUUUGUUUGCUCUCAUAUUACAGGCCCUUCACUUGCCUCAUUGUUGUUGGUCAAUCCAUCUCCAACCGUUCCUAAUAUUAUCAACCAAUCACCAUUAAUAUCACUGGCUAUAUUCACUAAAAUCCCUCCACCUUUUGUUUUAUACUAUCAAGAUCAGGAAAUAGUUGAAACUGUAAAGAAGCGAAGAGUUAUUGGAUACUUCAAUAGUUCAGGGGGAGCAUACUCUAUCCCUGAAGACUCUUUUUCAAAGUCAAUCCACAAAGGCAGAUUUUCCUUUAAUGAAAAACAAGUCAAGAUUGUGGACAGAGGCAUCUCAAAAAAGCUUCAAGACUUCAUUUCCUCUUCUGCCAGAGAUUGCAAGAGAGGGGUGUACAUACAAGGUCCACAAGGAUUCGGAAAAUCUCAUUCAAUCUAUCAAGCAGUAUAUCUGCUUCGACUGAAGCCCAAAAACAUCGUGAUAUAUAUCCCUGAUUGCCAGGGAUGGGCAGAAUCGAACAAUGCCUAUUCAUUCCUGAUAUCCUCAAUGGUUCAUGCUGCCUCAUUUGCCCAAGACUCUACACUCUCUAAUUUUUUGUGUAGCCAGACUAUUCCACAAUCACUUGCUUCAUUGAAAGAACUCAUCACCCAGGCCACAAAAUUGUGGUUGGAUGCUGAACAUCAAGUGUAUUGGGUUUUCGAUCAACACAAUGGCUUGACAGAUUCACAAAGAAAAGAGUCCCCCUAUUGCAUCAUUGAAAGCUAUCUUGCUGGAGCUAUGGAAACAUAUGGCCAAAUGGUGGUUGUGUCGUCUGCAUCAGCAAAUAAUAACUAUUAUUUCACAGUCGCUCAUAAAGAAUCUUGGCCUGUUUUCCAAUUUUGUGAUGGCUUCACCAAAGAAGAGUGUUUGGCAUACUUGGGCAUACAUAAUGUCAUUGUGUCUGAAGAUGACCUUGAAACUGUCAAUCUUUAUACAAACUUUAUCCCAUCAGUAGUAGCAAUGGCAUUAAAGAUUCCUAUUGAACCCCCACACUUCAUUAACCAACAACUUAUGUUUGUCAAAGACAAACAUGUUUAUGGUAUUACAAAAGUAGCGGAAAGUAUACUUGAGGAGCGUUAUAUGGGUUCUGUUGUAAACAGUUUGGAGUUUACAGAGGAUCUCCGCGGCAGAGUUGUAGAGAAAUACAUUAUUGACUCUAUUAUUGAAGCAAAAGCUUUCAAAAUAUCAUGUUCAAAGAUGUUUUACAAUAUCGAUUACAAAAAAGAGGAGAAUGUGACAAAACUUUUAUCAACUGGGAUGGACUGGCAAGGUCUUGAAGCACAGAAACUCAAAACAGACAAACUCAAAGCUUACCGUUGGGGUUCACCAUAUAACGAGAUUAUCGUACCAUCGGCCUCCAACUUUCCACAUGUUGACUUCUUCUUGUGGACGGACCUGUCCUCACUAAUGUUACCCCCAGGUACCAAAACAAACUUUUUGUGGAUAGCCGAUCGACGUUUAAAUGUCAACAAAGAAUCUUUCAAUAACCAGUUUAUUGUAUAUUUGGACGAGAUAACCAACAACAACAACAAUUUGAAACUUCUCGAUUUUUUUGUUUCAAAGAGUGAAUAG